ACUAUCGUGUUAAUUUUGACAGCCCUAGUUUAAAUACGUGCAAAUAUCACAGGAGGACCGGGACGCUGUUAGCUCAGUUAAAGGUGCAUUUCAGCCUUUGAGGUGCUUUAAGAAUUACAGUUUCUUUUUGUCAUAUUUGUGCAGGUUUAGCGGCUGCAAAAGCCGCGCAAUCCUUUUGUGAAUUCAACCCUCAGUGUAUUUAUUUUAAAGUAAUUUAGGUGCAUAUUUACAGCUUUAUUUAGACAGUGAAUGAGGGGAUACAGAAAAGGAAUGAUAUUCAGCAAAGGUUUGCGGUCGGACUCGAACUCGGCCGGAUUUUUGGCUUGUCGGUAUCCAACAAGAAGCACUUUGACUGAAGCAGACUGUAACCAGCAGGAGUUACAGUCAGUAACGGCACAAAAUGAGUGUUUUCAACAUUUUUCCUAAGACCUGUCGUGUAUUUUAUAAACCUGGAACUGGAUCUAAAAUGGAGCCGGCUAUCAACCCAACCCUCGGACAUCCACGGAUGACAAACCUGAGGACUCAGUGUCGUCAAUAUCCUCGUUAGUGUGAUUAUUUUUAAUCAAUCAAAGAAACAAAUGCAGCACCGAACGCAUCAAGAGAAACAUCCCCGAACAAGAAGCACAAGUUCAAGAAGCUACAGUGAAACUGGUGAGAACUCACAUUUAGUUUAUUAUCAGCAGACACCUGAACUAACCACAGACACUCUACUGUCCUGCUGUUAUUACAGACACCUGAACUACCACAGACACUCUACUGUCCUGUUGUUAUUACAGACACCUGAACUAACCACAGACACUCUAUUGUCCUGCUAUUAUUACAGACACCUGAACUAACCACAGUCAGACAGAUGUGACCUACAGCUGUACUAUAGUGCAUUGUGACAUCACUGUUGGGGGGGCGUGGUCAAAUGAACGUUUAUUGUUUAAUCAGCCUGUAUCUCUACUGUAAUCCUGCAUAUUGUCCUGUAAAGCAGCGCCCUCUGAUACAGGACAGGUCUGACCGGGUCAGCUGACCCUCUGAAACCCCCCGCACUCCCUCCAGUAGACCCCCUCCAGUAGACCCCCCCCAGACACACACACACACACACACACACACACACACACACACACACACACACACACUAAUAAGCUGUACCAUCUGUCAGAGCUGCUCAUCAUUGGCCGUAGGAAGAAAUGCGGAGGAUGGGAUUGGCUGGCAGGCUGCCUCGAAGAAGGGGCGGGGACGUCAGCUGAUUGAUGGGUAUCGGAAGUGGAGGAGGAGGAGGAGGAAGAGGAGGGUUGAGGAGGAGGAAGAGGAGGAGUCGGAGGUGGAGAAGCUGAGUCGAGUCUGUAAAUCCACGAUGAGCCGGCUCUGCUGCAGACAACAAGUGUUCAGAGAGAGAGAGGAGGAGGGCGAGGGAGGAUAAAACGAGGUUAUAACAGAGAGUGACGGGACGAGAGAGUGGAAGGAAGAAGGAGGUUACCACGGCAACUCAGGGGACGGUUGCUGCAGCAGCAUCGGUGGCGGCGGCGAGGACACCAGGACACCCAGGCUGAAAAGACGAUGAGCAGAUGGAGGACAGUCCUGGUAGUCCUGUUCCACCUCUGACCCUCAUGAAACAGUUUGGCACUUAACGGGGUACCAGGAAGCCGAAGGACCCUUUGCACAAAUAGCGAAGGUCUACAGAAAAAGGAAGAUCAGGGCAUUUAGGUGGCUAAGGUGCCAACAUGUCCCAGGCAGGUAAAGUCCUCCACCUGUAUGUUGAGGUGAGGUCUGUUGCUGAGGAGGAAGGGAAGGUGCCGGAAAUAAGAGAUGAUGGGACUGCUCACCUGAUGCUUCAGUGCCCAGACGUCCUUCCUCAAUCCCAGAGAAGCUCCAGCCCCAACCGCAAUCAUGAUCACUCCCCAGUCUCUCAGCACCAAACUGGGGUUGUAAGCCACAGCUUAUCCCCCUCAAAGUCUUCCUCCAGACAUUCAGUCAGCUUCCAACUCCAAAACCCUGAUGCUACAGGGUCUCCCACCCAGUUCCACCGGCAGGAUGUGUUGCAUGACAGUUUAAGUCAAUUACUCCAGGCCCUUACGCCUGGAACGACUAGUCCAGGCCAGCAUGGGUCACUGGGACGCACCCGUUCCUCUGACAUGGACCUCCACCGGGGAAGGGUGCCUACCUCCCCAUCUUCUACAUCUUCUGGGAUGCUAACUGUGCCCUCCACACCUACCAGCAACCGCAGGUCCUAUGAGGUCCCAGCGGUGGGGGGUGAGGAGGGGAAGACAUCUGUGGUGACCUUUGGCUACAUAGAGAAAGCUAACGUUAACAGCAUGGGGGGCCGGCGUACCUCUUUGUGCCAAAGUGAGUUGGGCAAUCCUCUUAACAGAAUGGAGGGGCAACUCCUCCCUGGCCAACUCCGGAAGAGACUUAGUGACCCAGUGUGGUACAAUGGGCAGCCAGGGCAGGGUGACCCUUACCCGAGUCACCCUUACCCGUCUCGGAUUCAGUCCCCACAGGGCUCGCCUUACCUGCAGAGGGCUACCCCAGACACAGUUGCCAGAGAUGCCACCUACAGGGCCUUGGGGGAGUUUGGAUCCCCAGAACUUAGGCGCAAAUUUGCUGGUCACAUCCCAGAGAACUACAGCCCAACCCUGCCAAGGCACUGCCAGUCCCCUCGCUGCCGGUCCUUGGGGGGGUCUCCCGUCCUGCCCCGCAGCACCCGCACCCUGCCAUCGAAGGCCCAGCUCCUGGAGCUGGACAGCAGAGUCUGCCGUAGUUCAGUGAAUGGUCUACCCAGAAGUCCUGCUUCUGACCACCUGUGUGCCCACACUGGCUACUCAUCCCACCCAGUGGCUCCAACUUCAACUCUUCGCUCUCAUGGCCCGCCCCAGAGCCAGCAGAGGCCAUGGGUGGGAGACGAGAGCCCCAGAUUGUCUAGCAAAUUUCACCCACCUUUACCUGCAGGGAGACCCACGGACAUCCAGCAUGAAAUCCCAACUAGUAUGUUCCCCACCAGCAACUAUUCCAGGACUGGCUAUCAGGCUAGUGGGAACCCCCAACACAGUGUUAAUAGUAGCUAUAGUACUUACCUCAUCAACACCAGUAAUAAUGCUGCAGACAGUAUACACUACAGUACUAAUGAUAACUUAUCCAGCAAGACUCAUUACAAAUCGUCACGCUGCAGUAGUAGAGCCAGUGACGCAGUCAGCCCUACCAACGGCAGGAGAAACAUCUCUCCAUCCUUAAAUGCUGAAGUGGCUGGUAAGUUAGCUGUGGAGGCUACCAAACUGUCCACCAUUUUUGCUGAAAGGCGAACCCCCUCUCCAACAUCUUCUCAAGCUGAGUCACUGAGGUCAGAGAGUCCCAAGAUGGGAGGGUCAUCCCUGAGAGAAUCCCAACCUUAUGCUACUCUUCAUGGGCGAAGCUCCCCUGACCCUCUACAGGCCGACAACCAGAACCACAGAUGGAAAACGGACAAAGCAAUACCUCAAACCAGACCAGGACGCGUCUCACCUCUCUUAUCACCAGCAUCUCCAGCCUUGCCGGCUAAGUUGCACCGUGCAGCCACCUCUCAAUCACCGGUCUUGGACCCACGGCAUCAACGGGUUUCAUCACCCACAAAGGACGCGUCUGCCCUGCACCGCUACCAGCCACCACAGUACACCGGAGACCACAAAUCGCCUGGCAUGGAGCGGAAGUAUGAUCACCUCUUUGACAGAUCACUUAGGGACAGCCCUGAGCUCUCCAGGAGACUUUUCUCCAGCCAAAACACAGAAGCAUUACCUGUGAGCUGGACCUCCAAGCACCAGCAGUGGUCAGAGGCUGGGCCGGUCCAGUAUGGGGACGAACUCUGUGAAGACAACUACAGACAGUCAACCUCUAGAGUUUAUACGUCAAGCAAAGAGGAGAGUCAUAGGAAAGUCGGAGGAGAUAAAGGAAUAAAGACGUCAAUGCAGGAGACCCCAGUUAUAAGUGUGUCCAAGGACGAGAGGGAGGAGGUUCAGGAUCACAGCGGGUUUGCUGGGACAUCCUCUCAAAGCUCCAGUGGGGUAACAGGCAGCAUGGGAGACUCCCAGAUGGACAGAAACGACAGUCUGUCCCCCGAAACCUCGAGCCAGUCCAGCCACGACACGGCAGACACCGGCUCAGGGAUGCAGUCGGACGGCGGCUCGACGACAACUCCGUCUUCAUCUUCGCGAUCGCAGAAGAUCGCCCGAGCAAAGUGGGAGUUCCUGUUUGGAGGGCAAACAGAGGAGAGUCGUUGCACUAAAGACGCUCCGUCCACGACGCCUCCGACCAGCUGCUCGCCCAGCCCCACCCCUCCCUCCUCCCUCCGUCUGAAACCAGCCAAUCAGAAGACGGGGCGGGACAGCGAGGGUCCAAGGUUGCCGCAACACGAGGUGCGACAGAUUGAGGUGGAGCUGGUGAACCCCGACCCUCGAGGCUCCACCCCAAAGACGGGCAUCAUCCGCCAAACCAUCAAAUACUCUGAGACUGAUCUGGACGCCGUGCCGCUGCGGUGCUACCGGGAGACCGACCUGGACGAGGUGAUGCGGGCGGAGGCCGAGGCAGCCGAGGAGGCGGACUCGGCCUUUGGGAGUAACCGCAGCGUCCUAGGAAACUCUAGCUUCAGCCCCGCCGACGCCUCCCCGAAACCCCGGACAGGUGGCGUGAAGGAAGAGGAGGACGAGGAGGAGGAGGAAGAAGAGGAAGACGAGGAGGAGGAGGAGGAAGAGGAAGGAGUGGUGAGCUGGGCCAGUGUCCGGAUGCUGGGAGACAGACAGAGACAAAGAGCCGCCAAGGAGGAGGACGAGGUGUUCAGUCUGCUGCUGAAGGGGCCGUUGGGGAAGUCUGACUCACACGGCGGCCUCAAGUCUCCGAUCUCCAUCGGCAGCCCCCGCCGACCCUCCGAGAGCAACCUCGACUCCUUCAGCCGCCACUUUGAAAGCAUCAUGGAGUCUCACCGCGCCAAAGGCACAUCGUACAGCAGCCUGGACAGCGUCGACCUUCUGACAUCCGGAUCCACGUCUGUGUUCACCUUCGACCUGCCCACCCUCACGCCGGAGAUCCAGAGUCAGAUCUGCGAGAGCGCCAAGCAGAUCAUCGAGCUAAGCUUCGCCCCGCUGGCCCGUCCGGACCCGUCCGCCCCCUCGGAGACGUCUCGCUCCGAAAUCACCCUCAGUGCCUCGGGGGCGGGGCUCCGCGGCGGCGCCAAAGACGAACCCGGCCCUCCGGUUCGAUCCAAGUCGGAGAAAGAGUCGUGGCGUCGCUCCAGCCUCAAAGACGGCUUCCGCAAGGCGAGCUCGGCCCCCUCGCUCCACAGCAGCCCCAGGGAGCGUCCGGUGAACUGCCCACCCGAGAUGCUGUACCCGCAGGCCGACGUGGCGGAGCGUCUGGCGCUCGGCGGCAGCGACGAAGCGCUGGCGAACGGCACGAAGCCCGACCGGCAGGCGGCCAAACGUCUCGCCAAACGCCUCUACAACCUGGACGGCUUCAAGAAGUCUGACGUGGCUCGACACCUCGGCAAGAAUAAUGAUUUCAGUCAGAUGGUGGCCGAGGAAUAUCUCAGUAACUUUCACUUCACCGGUCUGACCAUCGAUCAGGCUCUCAGGUUGUUUCUGAGUCAGUUCGCUCUGAUGGGAGAAACUCAGGAGAGAGAGAGAGUCCUCGCUCAGUUCUCCAGGAGAUACAGACAGAGUAACCCAGAGAGCCUCACCACUGAAGACAGUGUCCACACUCUGACCUGUGCCGUCAUGUUGCUGAACACAGACCUUCAUGGAAACAACGUGGGGAAGAGGAUGUCCUGCAGUCAGUUCAUCACCAACCUGGAGGGUCUCAAUGAUGGAAAAGACUUCCCCAAAGACCUGCUGAAGACUCUCUACAGCUCCAUCAAGAAUGAGAAGCUUCAGUGGACCAUUGAUGAGGAGGACUUGAGGAAGUCCAUGUCGGAGCUGGCUGACGUCCGAACAGACUCCGCCUCCCAUACCAUGAAGCGACUGGGGAGUGGAGGAAACCCGUUGGUGAAUGUCGCCCAUCAGGCCGACGGCGAGCUCUACAAGAGCGGCUUCCUGGUCCGCAAAGUCCACGCCGACCCCGACGGAAAGAGAACUCCACGGGGUAAGAGGGGGUGGAAGUCUUUCUACGCCAUGCUGAAGGGUCUGGUGCUCUACCUGCAGAAGGAUGAGUACCGUGCGGAGCGAGAUCUGACGGAGGAAGACGUGAAGAACGCCGUCUCCAUCCAUCACUCUCUGGCCAUGAGAGCAGCCGACUACAGCAAGAGACCCAACGUCUUCUACCUGAGGACGGCCGACUGGAGAGUCUUUCUGCUGCAGGCUCCCAACCCUGAACAGAUGCAGUCGUGGAUCACACGCAUCAACGUCGUGGCGGCCAUGUUUUCUGCCCCGCCGUUCCCGGCAGCGAUCGGCUCCCAGAAGAGAUUCAGCCGUCCUCUGCUGCCGGGAUCCAACACCAAACUGUCCCAGGAAGAGCAGGUCAAAUGUCACGAGAACCGGUUCAGGGCGGUUUCCUCCGAGCUGGCCGACCUCACGGCUUCCACUCCGGACAGGAAGGUGAAAGGUCGUGAACUGGAGGAGCAGAAACUUCGACAGGAGUACCUGGAGUUCGAGAAAACCCGCUACGGUACGUACGCCAUGCUGCUUCGGGCCAAACUGUCGAGCGGAGACGAGGACCUGUCGGCUUUCGAGUCGCGGCUGUUUGACGACGGCGGCCUGCAGAGGGCGCACUCCAGCCCCACGCUGCCUCAAGACGCCACCAUCAAGGAGAAGACCCGCGGAGCCAAGACGUCAAAAAGCUUAAAGGUCACGUCGUCCUCGACCUCCAAGACCAGCAGCAGCGUCAAAGUGGAAAGCAAGAAGAAGAACGGCAGCGGGAACAACCAGCAGCCGGAGCUGCAGCAACAGAGCAGCAAACAGGAAGAGGCGCCGUAAGGCGGCGAGGAUCAGGUUUUAUACAAAGUGUGUAGCUGGAGACGGACGUGAAGCAUCAUGGGCAGCAGGCUGACAUCCUCCUUUAAACCUUUUCUGUUAAACCUCUUCUGAUUGGCUGAGGUGGUUUUUCCUCCAGAGCCGAGCUGAGACGUUCGAGGUCGGUGGGAGAGGAGACGCUCGUCACGAAGGAGGACGACCGAGCGGACGAGUUCAGGAAACACUACUGAGCGUCUGAAGAGCGUCCGUUUAUUUCUCGUCCAAACAUCAACUUCAGCAGGUCAAAGUUUCAGAGUAAAAGCUUUAUUUCCUGUCAAAUCUUUAAUUUCAGGGACUUUCUGAAAGCAUUUUAUUGUUAAAUUGACGGAUGAAGAGCUUAAAUAUGAGAAAUCGUUCAUCAGUCUGCAGCAGCCAUCAGCAGUCUGUAGGUACUUUUUUUAUUUUUUUUUCUCCCAGAGUGACAAAAACUGACCUCCUGCACGGUCCGUCGCUCUGCUUCUCCUAGCAACAAACUGAGGGAGCAGGUUGCCAUGCCGACCAGAUAUGACGGACGGAGCGCGUGGGACUGUUGCCGUGGCGACCGAGCAAAAGGGGGAGGAGGGAGUAAUUGAGAAGGGGGGGGGGGGGGGGGUUGAGACUCUGGAGUCAGGACUCCCCCGGCCAAAAAAACAAACAGACCGCCGCCGUGAUGAUGAUGCGUCACAGAACACAAUACCUCCUCCUCCUCCUCCGCACUUCAGUGUGUUUGUGUGUGUGCCUGCGCGUGUGUGUGUGUGUGUGUGUGAAUACUAACUGAAGGCUGAUCAACGCGUCACUGCAGUCGGUUUUAUUUAUGUUGUUUUCCUCACUGAGUGACUGCUGGAACAAACAGGCUGUACGGAAGAUCAUUAGUGACUAAAAACUCCUGACUGAGCAAACAAAAAUAAUAAUUCAAACUUUAAUCAAUCUGCAGGCUGAGUUCAACAGGUGUUUGAUAAAUUACUCACUGGUGGGUUUUGUUGCACUUAUUUCGAACCAUAGAGGUAAAGAAUUUCAAUAUCCAAUUUCAAUUUUUUUUCUUUAUUGAAUUUUCAACAAUUUAUUAAAAACAAAAAAAAGUUUUGUAUGUGUACUUACAAAUAUCCAGUAUUAUAAUACAACCCAGUAGCAAAGCAGUUUGUGAAAUAGUAACGAUAUUAAAUGUAUUGAUUCGAGUACAUAGACGCGAAUUUCAUGUUUUUAUCGUGAUGGUCAGCACGAAAAAACAUUUGUAACCCACGUAAUCGUGA